UUCAGAACAUGGACCCUGCGCUCCGAGUCUACUUCAAAAAACACUCCAUACCUGACACCUAUGAGGCUCUAUUGAGUGGUUUAUUAAUUAUGUGCCCAGAUGACCCACUUAGAUUUUUAGAAGAAAAGAUCAAAGAAAUAAUGGACCAUGGGCUGGCUAGUAUUUUAUGGAAUAUGUGUAUCGAUCCUGCUUUAAGCCAACGGUUAAAAGUAAUUUCAGACACGUAUUUACACACGCUUUUAGGACUUGAUGAUGAUCAGCUGAUGACUGCAGAGUUAUGUGAUAAAGCAUGGAACUUUUAUAGCACCAACUUAAAGAGAAUAUACUUUGACCCCUUCCACAGCGAGGGGAGGGGCCCUGGUCGGGGGGAAAGAAUCCAGGGCUCCCUGGGUGGCGAGGCAGCGGUCGACCAUGGUGGAGAGGAGCCGGGUGGAAAGAGGAUGCCAGCUGGACGGCCCCGGGUCUUGACGGAUCAAGCUGCAAUGAAACACAGGGUGGAUUUUACCCAGGGCUGGUGGCAAGUCCAGUUCCACAGUUACCGCGUUUAUUACUCUUUUCACCUUGAAGGGCCCUAUGAAUUUCAAUUUCACAGUCACAAAGUACAAUUUCCCAGUCACUCUCACCGUCAGCGGCUCCUCGUCGCGAUCGACCUGCUGUUGAGCCGCCUUCAGGGCAGCAGGUCGGCCUUGUUUCCCGCCGGCUCUUCAAUCCAGGCCAGGUCUGCCAGCUCGGCCGAGAGGAGCACCUCCUCCUCCUGUAGUUCCUCCUGCACCGAUGCCGCGCUGCUCUUCGCCGCAUCCUUAGGGCAGCUGGACGGCUUCUUCGGUGUUGAGUGCUACGACAUCACGGAUGAUGUGAAGAAGCAGGCCACCUGCGUUUGCUCAACGUUUGAGAUCGCCUGUUCGCUGCUGGUUCGGCUGCCAUGCAUUCUAUGCGAGGAACCAAGCAGCCAGGGAGUCAAUCACUGCUUUUGUUACUGCUCUCUGAUAUUUGACAAGAAGGAAGGAGAGCUGUCUGAGGAAGAGGAGGAGAUAGUGCCUGAAGUUAGUUCUCCUGAAGGAGAUUCUGGUUCCUCAAUUCAGAUAUUUGACAAGAAGGAAGGAGAGCUGUCUGAGGAAGAGGAGGAGAUAGUGCCUGAAGUUAGUUCUCCUGAAGGAGAUUCCGGUUCCUCAAUUCAGAUAUUUGACAAGAAGGAAGGAGAGCUGUCUGAGGAAGAGGAGGAGAUAAUUAAUUUUUCUGAAGUGAAGGACAAGAUGAAGGACUAUAUAGGAGGAAAUAUCUUGCUGAAGUGGCGUGCUUCUGUGGUACGUUUGAAUCUUCAUGGUUGUGUCGCACUGCAGUGGCUUACUUUUAAAAGUAUUGGUCAGUGCAGAAAUUUGCAAGAAUUAAAUGUCUCCAAAUGCCACGGAUUAAAUGAUGAAUUAAUGAGGCUUGUAUCUGAAGGCUGUCCAGCUCUACUUCGUUUAAAUUUAUCUCACACUGAUAUUACAAAUGGGACAUUAAGACUUCUAUCAAGGAGCUUCUCAAACUUGCAAUAUUUAAAUUUAGCUUACUGCAGAAAAUUCACAGACAAAGGUUUACAGUACCUUGGCUCUGGAAGAGGAUGUCACAAACUCAUCGGUCUGGAUCUUUCAGGCUGCCUCCAGAUUUCAGUAGAAGGCUUCAAGAAUAUUGCUAAAAGCUGCAGCGGGAUCCAAUACCUCACAAUUAAUGAAAUGCCUACUCUGACAGACAGAUGUAUUCAAGUAUUAGUGGGGAAAUGCCAAAAGAUUAUAUCUGUUGAAUUUAAUGAGGCCCCACAUGUUUCUGACAUAGCCUUUAAAGCUCUUGCUGAAUGCCAGCUUGUCAAGAUCAAGAUAGAAGGGAGUAAUCGGAUUACUGAUCUAACUUUCAAGAUGAUGAGCAAACACUGGCCCUGCUUAGAUCGCAUUUGUAUGACUGACUGCCAGAAGAUAACUGAUACCGGACUCAAACUAAUUGCACCACUGGCUAAUAUUACUGUGCUGAAUUUAUCAGAUUGCACGAGAAUCAGUGAUGCAGGGUUAAAAUCAUUUGUUGAAGGUUUUGCCGGCUUAAAGAUAAGAGAACUGACCUUGGCCAACUGUUCCAAUAUCACUGAUGGGAGUCUCAUCAAAAUAGCUCAAAGGUGCACAAGUCUGGUGUAUCUGAAUCUGCGCUCUUGUCAGGCUUUGAAUGAUACUGGAAUUGAGGUUUUAGCAAUGUUGCCUUCAUUGACUCAUAUUAACAUUUCUGGAAUUGCCAUCAGUGAUCAGACUUUGGAAGCUCUUGGCCGAAAUGGCAAAAUCAAGGAGAUCACUGUAUCGGAAUGUAAGUUAAUUUCUGAUGCAGGAAUAAAGCGAUUCUGUAUGGAUGUCAAACAUCUAGACUACAUGGAUUUCUCUUUUUGCCAGCAGUUGUCAAAUCAAUCAAUAAAACAUUUGGCAUUCAAUUGUCACAAACUUACCUCCCUUAGUAUGGUUGGAUGUCCCAGGGUAACUGAUAUCGGUAUGCAGUAUUUGGGAGUAGUCUGCCCUUACCUUCACUACUUGGAUAUCUCAGGUUGCAUAAAUAUUACUGACAAAGCACUGAAGUCCCUGUGGAAAGGUUGCUUGCAGCUCCGAAUUCUCAAAAUGCUGUACUGCCCAAAUAUUACCAGGCAAGCAGUUUCCAAGUAUACAUCAAGGCUCCAGAAAUAUGAAUAUAAUAACGAUGAGCCUCCUCAGUGGUUUGGUUAUGAUUCUGGCAGUGAGAUAUACAUUCCAAAAAAACAGAAAAAAAAUUUGGCACGUGAGAAAAGUCUCAGCAUUAAAUCAGAAGAUACACAACCACUUGCAGAAUCUAAACAAUGAAGACUAAAACCACCAAUUCUUUUUGUUUUAUUGAAAUUUAUUGAUAUUUUUCUCAUAAAGAAGUUUUAAAAACAUUAUCAUUAUCCC